CGGACACAUUUGGUUGCUACACAGAAAAGGGAAAACAACAAACCCAAGCAGCUGCGGUUUGUCCUGUCAGAUGUCAGUGAGCGAUGCUAAUGAUACUUUCCCCCAUGUCGUAAUAUUAUAAUCCGGAAAUGGAGCGCAGGGUGGCGGGGAGAUGGGCUUCAGGACGCCGCUGACCGGGAGUGUGUGCGAUUUGUGAUCAUCUUUAUCUUUAUCUGUCGGGAUGCCCGGACUGCUGGUGUUCGGGCGCCGGUGGCGGAUCGCCAGUGAUGAUCUGGUGUUUCCCGGAGCCUUCGAGCUGUUUAUCCGGGCUGUGUGGUGGAUCGUGACUUUAGUGGUUUACACGAACCAUAAGGGCAGCUUCGACUGUAAGGGUGGAGCAUAUCUGCAGUACUACCUGCUGGUUCUUCUGUUUCUACUGGCUGUCAUCAUCUUGACUCUGUGUGCCAUCGUUUAUGUCAGCGCUCAAGGAACCAUAAUGAAUCAGGGUCCUCGGCGCUCCAUGCCGCUCCUGGUGUACCUGCGAGCCGUCCUGUAUUUCCCAGAAUUCGUUUGGGCAUGUCUGGGGGCCGUCUGGGUUUCUGACAACAGCUCCGGAUGCCAGCCAGAGGAGGUUGGGGCCGUCAUUGGGGCUGUGGUGUCCAGCUGGGUCAUCCUGCUGGCGAUGGCGGUGGGUGUGCUGGUGGUGUUUGACCCAUUGGGUAGUCCUGGGCCGAGUCGGGGUCUUCGUGAUCUUCAGAGCAGUGAAUCGUCUCAGCUCUUCUCCUCAGCUCAGUCUGUGGCGUCUCGAGUGUGGGAGAACCGGCUGAGGCUGCUGUGCUGCUGUCUGCCUCAGGAUGAUAACCACCGCGCAGCUUUCUCCAGCAUCGCACAGCUCGUCAGCGGAUUCUUCAUGGACACAGAUCUGGUUCCCAGUGAUAUCGCUGCUGGUCUCGCUCUUCUGCAUCAGGAACAGGACAAGAUGGAGCAGUGCAGAGACCCGGAUGAAGUGCUGACACACAGUCCGUCCUCUCCCAUAAGGGAGGAUCUGGAGCAGGAGCUGGAGAAAUCUGCUCAUUAUAUGCAGUUUGCAGCCGCAGCGUACGGAUGGCCACUGUACGUCUACUCCAACCCGCUCACUGGAGUCUGCAAGCUCAGCGGGGACUGCUGUGGCAGCCGGCAUGCAGAGUAUGAUCUGGUCGGAGGAGACGCUCUGGGCUGUCAUUUCACCUCCAUAUUGCAGAGCACCGGCCUGCAGUACCGAGACUUCAUCCACAUCAGCUUCCACAACCAGAUCUACGAAGUCCCGUUCUUCGUGGCGUUGGAUCAUAAACGAGAAGCAGUGCUUGUUGCUGUGCGAGGAACUCUGUCACUGAAGGAUGUUUUGACGGAUCUCUCGGCUGAGUGUGAGAAUCUGUCUGUUGAAGGAGUUUCAGGAUCCUGCUACGCUCACAAGGGCAUCUCUCAGGCCGCACACUUCAUCUACAAGAGACUGGUGCAUGAUGGGAUACUGAGCCAGGCCUUCAGCAUCGCACCUGAGUAUAAGCUGGUGGUCACUGGACACAGUCUGGGUGCAGGAACGGCGUCUCUGCUGGCGGUUCUCCUGCACAGCUCACAGCCCACACUGGAGUGUUACGCCUUCAGUCCACCAGGGGGACUCAUGAGUAAGGCGCUGGCGGAUUUCUCCAAGCAGUUUGUGGUGUCUGUCAUUCUGGGGAAGGAUCUGGUGCCCAGGCUGAGUAUUCCAAACAUGGAGGACUUGAAAAGACGAUUAUUAAAAAUGGUGUCUAACUGCAGCAAGCCAAAGUAUCAGAUCCUGCUGCAGGGCUGCUGGUACGAGGUGUUCGGAGGAUCUCCGGAUGACUCCCCGACGGAGCUGGAGAGCCGGCGUGAGGAGGAGCUGAGCCGGCCGCUGCUGGGAGCAGAGUGUGUGUCUGCGGCUCCGUCCAGCAGCUACCAGAGCCUGUCCUCAGACGACUCACCUGUGCAGAACACACACCUGCCGCUCUACCUGCCCGGACGAGUGCUGUACGUGACGGAGGACGGACCCUCCCGCAGGCCGUGUUUCUCGCAGGUCAGGUAUCGAGCUGAAUGGUCCAGUGAGGCGUCGUUUCGUAACGUCAUGAUCAGCCCAAAGAUGAUCAAAGACCACAUGCCGGACGUGGUGCUGCGGGCGCUGCAGAGUCUGACCCAGCAGCCGUUUACCCUCUGCCCAUCAUCCAGCAGCAACAGCCAUCUGAACGUCAUCUGACGGACCUAUUUAUAUCUGCAUUUAUAACACACACACCACAGGUCAAAGGUUUAACAACAGGAAGAUUUGUCAUAUUUUUUUGUAAAGAACAAAUCUCUUCUGGUCAGCAAGUUUGCAUUCAUUUGAUCCAAAGUACAUGAAAAACAGUCAAAUAAAUAUAUGUAUUAAAGAUAAACACUGUUCUUUAUAUCUAUCAAAGAAAGCUGAAACAGUUAUACUGUUUUCAACUGCUGUUGCCAAUAUUAUUAUUAUUAUUA